CACAUCCUCAGCGCCCUACAUAGGCGACAGUAAGACCCAGUGGAAGCCGCGCGCGCCUCGUUCAGAGAGAGCGACAUGACAACCGCGAUCAACUGACGAUACACAUUCACGGCCACUCAGCGCACCUCACCAACACACAUUACAGGUCGGCGCUGCGCUGAUAGUGAACUACAGCGCUGGAGAUGCUGAAAGUGACAAUGCCCGCCUCUAGAGCCGCUCCUGAAUACUGGAUCGAUGGAUCCAAGAAAGAGACGCUGGCGGACUUCUAUGAGCUGGAGUCUGAAUUGGGACGGGGAGCCACAUCAGUGGUGUUCCGAUGCCAUCAGAAAGGCACCCAGAAGCACUAUGCUGUGAAAAUGCUGAAAAAAACAGUUGACAAGAAGAUUGUACGAACGGAGAUAGGUGUAUUAUUGCGCCUCUCUCACCCAAAUAUAAUCAAACUGAAGGAGAUCUUUGAGACCCCUGCGGAGAUUAGUCUCGUGUUAGAACUUGUUACCGGCGGAGAAUUAUUUGACAGGGUGGUGGAGAAGGGCUACUACAGCGAACGAGACGCUGCUGACGCAGUUAAACAAGUGCUCGAGGCAGUCGCGUACCUGCAUGAGAAUGGUGUAGUGCACAGAGACCUGAAACCUGAGAACCUGCUGUACGCCACAUCAGCGCCAGAUGCUCCGCUCAAAAUAGCAGAUUUUGGUUUGUCGAAAAUUGUAGACGAUCAGGUAACAAUGAAGACUGUGUGUGGGACUCCAGGCUAUUGUGCUCCUGAGAUUUUACGGGGAUGUGCCUAUGGCCCCGAGGUUGACAUGUGGUCUGUGGGAGUUAUCACGUACAUUUUGUUAUGUGGUUUUGAACCCUUUUUUGAUGACAGAGGAGACCAGUACAUGUUUAAACGCAUCCUGAACUGUGAAUAUGAAUUUGUCUCCCCCUGGUGGGACAAUGUGUCUCUCAAUGCCAAGGACCUUGUGAAGAAACUGAUUGUCCAGGAUCCAAAGAAACGGCUGACGACGCAGCAGGCGCUGCAGCACCCCUGGGUGACUGGAAAGGCGGUUAACUUCACCCAUAUGGACACUGCUCAGAAGAAACUCCUGGAGUUCAAUGCUCGAAGAAAACUCAAGGCAGCGGUCAAAGCGGUGGUAGCUUCAUCUCGACUGGGCAGCGCAGGAAGCCACGGCAACCCAGACGGCAACAAAACCAACUGCAGCCCCUCCUCCGUCAAAGAGAAGACAGCAGAGGAUCAGCCAGACACUGAACAGCCUCAGAUUCAGAAUGAAGUCUCUUAGAUCUCCUCAGAGCCUCACUGGAACUCAAACUUCUUCCCUUCAUGAAAGGAACAUGUUGCUUUUUGCAGUGGGCCUCUUAAAGGACAGAAACGACGGGCUUUUGUUUGGUUCUUCUGCAUGCGGACUGUUUGUCUAUAGAAACGUCCCACAUUGUGACUCAGCCAGUUGCCAUAUCACGCCAACAUUUGAUAUGUCCGUAAAUUCGGAUUUUGUACAGUGAAUGAGCAUCAUUGGAUGGUAAUGAGAAGAACCAAAUCUACUGUAUAUCAGUAAAUAUUUAUGUCAUCAUGCUUUUGCUGAGAUAAUUGCCAAAUUAUCAUAGUACUUUCAAGGGCAUAUGUUGCUUUUUAGUUGUAUUAAUCACAUUUGUGCUGCAUUCAAUUAAAAUAAUCAUUUUAUUUGUUGAGGUUUUUUACAUAAUAUUGGUCACUGGUAGAAAGAUGCGGAUAUUGAACUGAACCUUUACAUACUGCAAGCUUCAACUGAAUGCCUUAUAACAUGUUUUUAUAUUUCCUAAGUUAUUUCAAAGUUAUUUAAUAUUUUAGAAAUACUACUAAACAGUUUAUUUUAAACUUAGAAAACAAGUAUAUUGUGCUUUGUUUAAAUAAAGAGAUGGUGAUUUUUUUCUUUUUUC